AUGGUGUCGAAGGAAGCAAUUGCCCAAACUGAUCAGAACAAAAGUGAAAAAAGUGUCUAUGAUGUUCCCACCUCACAUUCCAAACCGACGUCAAUGGCAGCCUCAUCCUCCUUCUCCACCCUCUUCUCCUUCCUCCUCCCUCCAAAGCCACACCCUCCUCCCAUCAUCACUCGCUUCCCACUCCAGAAGCUACGUGCCAAGCAUCAGGACCAGGACCACCACUCGUCGGCGGAGCUGUCCGCCGUGGCGAACCCGUCCCACGCGCAUGCGAACACGCUCUUCUUCCGGUCGGCGUACAACGUGCAGGUGGUGGUGGACGAGAACGAGCCGGAGGAGAGGCUCCUCAACCGGUUCCGGAGAGAGGUCAUGAGAGCCGGAGUCAUUCAGGAGUGCAAGCGGAGACGGUUCUUCGAGAACAAGCAGGAGGAAAAGAAGCGCAAGAACCGCGAAGCUGCCAAGCGUAAGAGCAGAAGCAGGCGCUCUCAAUCGAGAUUUCAACCACAAAACAAGCCGGAUGUUGCAGCAACCAAGAAGGAAGAGGAUGAUGAUAACUGGGAUCUUCCAGAAGUAGACGCUCCAUAUAUUUCAACCGCAUGAUCCACUCACAUUCUGUACGGUUCUUCACUUGGGAGAGGCUUUUUAUGCAUGUGAGUUCUGUUAUGUAAAAUCAAUUCCUUGGACGCAGUUAGUGCAAUGUUCAAUUCACAUUUCAUUUUAAGUUAUGCUAUUUAUUCAUUGUCCAUCUAAAUUUUGUUCUGCCCUUGAUUUUCUAAAAUCUGGACAAAGUCGGUGUUUUUUUUC